AUGUCUGCCCGAUUGUCCCCAGGAGGGGCGCUUCUGAGAUCAUCGCGGAUGUUCUCCGUUCCCAAACCGCUUCCAAAGCCAGGAGGCGAAGCCGCUGCGAUUGCACGAUUCGGAUCACCGACGGCGACCGCGCCCUUUCCUACACACCAAUCCAUCACCACGACCGAAUCCUCGAGAGUCCUUGGCGACUGGGGCUUCAAACGUUCUCUCCCGCUCCGAUCCACGACUAAGACUUCGACCCCCGUUGUUCGUAUCAAGCAGAUCGACUGCUUCGAGAACGUCACCGACUACUCUUCCGCUGCCGACCACACCCUCUCUCUCCAGAAGUUCCAGGAGCUCAACCUACCCGUCACACUCCCCGGAAACAACCGAUCACGCCUCGGAGGCCUUAACGUUGGUGCGAAGUCCGUCUUUGAGGAUGAUGGCGACUUCACCUACAUGGAGCCCGGUCUUGGAAACGAGGAGAAGAGGUGGAAGUUCAAGGGUCCUUGGCUGGCCGGUCUCACCGAGGGCGAGUUCAACCGCUACUUGCGCAAGAGCGUCCGCAACAAGCGCGAUGCCUUCCGUACUUUCUUGAAAGCGCGCAUCGCCAACGCGCUGACGGCUGCGGCGCAUCAGAAGGCUCUGGACGCCGGCAAGAACAUUCCUCGGCAGAUCCAUGCCCGGGAUGUCACCGACGAGCAGCUGACCGAGUACCUCCGCAAGCUGCGAUCCGACCGCAUCACACUGUACUCGCUGGUAAGCGAGUUCCUGGACCUUGCGCCCUUGAAUCCGCCCAGCUCCAUGGCAGACCUUGGCAGAUCCGCCGAAGCGACGAAGCGUCCCAGUCUGUACGCCGAGAACGGCCCUCCCAUCUGCCACCCCUCCGGCGGUAUUUCGUACCUCCGCACUGCGGCCUUCGCCGAGAACCACCCUGUCUACGGUCCCCAGGCGCACCAGACUCCAGUCUUGGCUCGUAUCAUCGCACCGAGAUCAGGGCCUACCACCGCGAAGCUGGGCGUUGGUGGUUUCAUCACCGAGACGCCUCAGGGUGACACCGCCUUUAACCAGAGGUCCUUCCUCGGCCGUAAGGCUAGCAUCGCUGGUGUCGCCUCGUUUGACCCUGAUAUCAAGGGCGGCGCCAAGGCUUACGUUCAGCCUACUUCUGCCCGCAUGGACUCUUCCGGCAUGAUGCAGAUCACCGUUACCGAGGCCAACGAAGAGGCACAGCUUAUUUCCAAGGAGACGGUCGGUAAGGUCAAGAUCUACAACAACAAAACCAAGGCCGAGGGUUCGUCGGGACAAGAACGCAGACCGCUUAUCCGAACUUUGCGGACAACCAAGGAGACCGACAAGAAUGUUGCAGGCAGCACGCAGACCUACGGCCUAGACUCGUGA